AUGAAUCUUGAUCAAUUUUAAUCCACAGAAGAAGAUUGGCCUUAAUAAUCUUGGAAUGAAAAUGAAGAUCUCGAUUUCUCAUCCUCUCCUAUAAUGUUUGGUCGUAAAAGCCAUAAAAUUAAAAAAGAAAAUGAUAUAAACAAUCAAGAUUACUAUAUAUAGAUUUAAUAGAUAGAAGAGCCUUCAGAUGACUAAGAAUUUAAUAAAUUUUUCAUUAAUUCCUCUAUUCCUCUCAGUAAAAAGAAGAUCAGAAAAAGUAAAAAAAUCAAUACCAACACAAUAAACAAUCUAUAUCAAGAAAUAUUUUCAAGUAUUUUAGAAAAUUCAGAAUCAUAAUAGGAGACUCUGAAAAAAUUAUAAUAAUGUCAAAAUAUUAAGGUUCUAAUAGAUGGAUUGGAAAGAACUUUGAUGAAUAUAAAGCAAAUGCUUCUUCUCAAAGUGAAAAAUAAUAAGUACUGA